GAGAGAGGAAGCGGCAGCAAAGAGGAACCCAGACUUUUGGCCUCAACAGCAGGCAGGAUGUGAAGUAAAAAGCAGAAUCGAAAACUGACUGGGGGAUGAGCUUGAAGGCUCUAGAGCGGAUGUGAUCAGAUGUUUAAAGCAUGUCACCAUAUUAAUGAGUCAAAUUAAUUUGGGACUUUAUAAAAUAAUGUUGCAUUAAGGUAAAGCUGCAAAUGGUAGGAGUGGAAAAAAGUCGAAAUACAGUCCUGUAAGCUCACAGACAAAAAAAAUCUAUCAAACCUUGAAAAUAUGACGUGCAGGAGAAACAAAAAAAUUAUUUUACCACCUGGAAAACUAGAGCAAAUCCAAACAAUAGCACAGGGGAUUCUGGGUAAAUAUGAUCAGGAGAAAUGGCUUGCUUUCUUUUGCCAAAGAAAACAAAGGCAGAAUCCUACAUCUAAAAUUUGUUGGAACUAUUUGUUUUACAUUUUUGUUAAUCGGAAAGUUGCACUCAGUGUCACCUUCUACAUUCACAUCAGCUGUUUAAUCCGCUUUAAUCCAACUCUAGUUUGCUUCUCUAUAAAGUCUGGUUCAUUUGGGGGAAUGUGGAUGAGUAAUACAACUGUGAUGUGGACCAAAAAAAUCAAACUCUCCUAAAAACCCGGGUCUCGGUAUGGUUGACGUAAAAUCUGGUGCUGUUUAAAUGCAGAAGUAAAAGCAAAACGAACCAGAGACCGCUCCAAAAGCAGGAAGUGGACUGCAACCCAAGGGAUUCUGGGUAAAUGCAACCAAAGUGAACAUGAGAGUCUACUAUUACAGGGAGAAACGGGUUGUGGUCUUUACCAAAGAGAAAUCAUUCAACCGCUAAAAUUUGACGCUACUGUUUACAUUUUAUGAGGAAAGAAGUUAUGCUGGUCUUCUCCUGAGGUUAUGGCCUUUCCUUCAGUAGUUGUUGGUGCAGCGCCACCCCAGGCAAGGAGGGGAACAGUUGAUCAAUUAGUUUGGAUGUUUGAUAUGGUGCAGUGUGAAAGUGAAUGCACCAGCUGAAAAUUUUGCAAUUUUGGUCCCAAGUCAAACAGCCUACCGGUCUAUCGAGUGUAAAAACAUCCUAAAAUAGAAACGAAGAAGUGAUAAAAAGUUAAAAAAAAUAACUAAAAGUCCAAAAGCCAUAUCAGUAACAAUUUAGUAUCUAAAAUUUAAUAUCCUCCAAGAAUCGUUUUUAUAGUGUACAGAUUUCGCUGAAUUUCCGUGUAGUAGAUGGACUCAGACCCCAUGUUGAACAACAGAACCUUCACUGAUGCAGUGAAAUCCAGUCUGAUACCGUUACACCAGACCAGCAGCUUUUUGUGCCUUUAAAUUGAAUUAAUCUGCAUUAAACCCGGUGAUUGAUCAGCGGCGGUGGCUCCCCGCCCUCCUUACCCGCUCCUCCUCCCCUCACACGCGGCCCUACUGGCUGCUCGCCCCCUCCCCCUCGCUUCCAUCAUUUUCCCAUCCCUUCCCCUCAACAAACAUGGCCGCGAAAUCUGAUGGUGCUCCUGCCUCUCCGCGAAACGAAAUCCCACCCGAGUGUCCCGCCCGGUCCGAACCGGCACCGCCGGAGCGCCGAGUGAGCGAGCACCGGUACAGCCUGCAGGACUUCUGCUGGACCCUCUGCGUCCUGCUGGUGUUUUUCUCGGACGGGGCCUCAGACCUGUGGCUGGCUGCCGACUACUACCUGCGGAGGGAGUACUGGUGCUUCGCCUUGACUCUGGUCUUUGUGAUCGUCCCGUCCGUGGUCGUGCAGGUGUUGAGCUUUCGGUGGUUCGCCUAUGAUUUCACGGAGUCCGUGGAGAGCGGCACGGCGGCGGCGGCCGUGGUGGCGGCGGCGGCGGGCGCCGAGGGAGGCGACUUCAGCACCAAGGACAGCGGCGAGUGGGGCGCUGGCCGGGCCGCCGCGGUGCUGCCGGGGCCGACCGGCGGGGGCCGAGUCCGGGGCUGCUGCAGAGCCUUCAUGUGGGUCUUUCAAGCCCUCAUUCACAUUUUGCAGCUGGCGCAGGUCUGGAGGUACGUCCACGCCUUGUACUUGGGGGUGCAGAGCCGUUGGCAUGGCGACCCUGAGCGGCGCCACUACUACUGGCGGAUGAUGUUUGAGAGCGCGGACAUCAGCAUGCUGCGUCUGCUCGAGUCCUUCCUGAAGAGCGCUCCUCAGCUGGUGCUGCAGCUCAGCAUCAUGAUCCACACCAGUCAGGUUCUACCUCUUCAGGGGAUUUCUGCCUCCGCCUCGCUACUGUCCCUCGCCUGGAUGAUCUCGUCCUACCAGAAAGUCCUGAGAGACUCGAGAGACGACAAGCUCCCCAUGACCUACAAGGCUGUGAUGGUCCAGAUCCUGUGGCACCUGUUCACCAUCGGUGCCCGGGCGCUGGCCUUCGCCCUCUUCGCCUCUGUGUUCCAGCUUUACUUUGGCAUUUUCAUCAUGGCGCACUGGUGCAUCAUGACCUUCUGGAUCAUCCAAGGCGAGACGGACUUCUGCAUGUCCAAGUGGGAGGAGAUUAUCUAUAACAUGAUGGUGGGCAUCGUGUAUAUUUUCUGCUGGUUCAGCGUCAGAGAGGGCCGCACGCGCUGCAGGUUGCUCAUCUACAGCCUGACGGUGUUCGUGGAGAACGUGGCGCUCACCGCCGCCUGGUUCAUGUACCGCGGCGCGGCCGAGCGUCACGGCGGCCCGGACUUCUACGCCGUCGUCAUGGUGUGCAUUGUGGCCAGCAGCUACGCGCUUGGCACCUUUUUCAUGUUUGUGUAUUACUGCCUGCUGCACCCUGACGGCUCCAUGUCCGGGUGGGGCUACAUAGCGGAGAAGGAGUUUCCCGUGGAGGUGCUGGCGUCGCCGACCUCCAGCCUCCCGCCGGAUCUAAUCGGCAGCCCGCCGAGGACCCUCCAGAGAACUAAAGGCUUGGACAGGGAGCCUGGGGUGGACGGAGACGUGUUUAAGGUGCGCCCUCCGCGGGGCGCCAAGCCCCCUGUGCCUCACCUCAAACCCAGGACAGAGGGCCCCGUCAUCCGAAUAGACCUACCGAGAAAGUUAUACCCGGCAUGGGACGCUCAUUACAUCGACCGACGGCUGCGUAAAACCAUCCUGGUGCUGGAGAGCGCAGCCCCAGUGACGCCGAGGAUUCAAUACCGCUGCCUGAGCACAGCCAAAGAAGUGAUGGAGUACGAAACCACCGUGUGAUGUGCCGGAGUUGCUGUGACUCAGCUGGACAUCCCGCCUUAAAGUGAAGAUGGCAGGAGGAACUGCUGUCAGUGCACAGUCUGUUUCAGCUCCGUGACCUCCGAUUGCUCUCUGUGCUGAAGAAGAGAGAGGUGGAGGAAUGCGUCUUUAUGUUCUGCUAGAAAAAAGAAGGGUUUAAAAGAAAUUAUGUUGUGUAUACGGCUGGGCGAUAAAUAAAUUUUUGAAUAUUUAAUUUCAAAAUUGAUAAGUUUUGGAAUUAAAUAUGCACUCCUUGGGUGACGUCAGCGUGCCCAAGCAUUUUGUUUCUUGUUUUAUUUGGAUUUUGGAAUCAGGUCUUCUAUAUAGAAUUAAGACCAGCCCACAAAUUUAUUUUUUAAUUACGAGAAUAAAUUCAUGUUUUUCAAACACAACAAAACAACAGAAAAAUUAAAAUGAGGAAUGCUGAGUAUCUUGCGAAGUUAUACUUUGGAAUAGGUUUUAACAGAUAAUACUUAAUAGAAAUACUUAACCUUAUAAACACAUCAGAAUCAAAUUAUUAUCAGCAGCAGGGCUUUGAAAUAGAGAUGCAAACAGUUACAUGACUUAUAAUUAAUUGUCGAUUAAUUGUUUCAGAUGAUUAAUAAAGUUAAACCUUCUUUUAGCGUUGUAGUUUGACCUCCAUCCAGCAGAGGCGCUGCUGGCCAUCCUUAGAUCAUCCUUGACCCAGAAACAAAGAUGGCGGCAUAGCAUAGCACGAAAGAGAAACGACCCGAACACAGUCCGAUGUGACGCAAAACUAACUUUAUGCUGUUUUGUUUUGAAAUAUAAACACUAGACAAGCUUUUUAAGUUUCACCUCAAUAAAUUUUGUUUAGCCUAGUUGUUUUUUCUCAUUAAAACGACUUAUUUUAAGAUGUUUUUUCUGUAAAAAUUGUAUUUUUAUGUAGCUAACUUUGACUAUAUUCUCGUAAUUAAACAUAAAUUCUCAUACCCUAGUACUCCGUGGUAAUCUUAAGGGAUGAUUAAAACAUAUUUUCUAUCACUUGUAAUUUCUUUUUUUAGAAAAAAAGCGAGAAAAAACUAAUCGGAAGUCGGAUUUGAUAUGAAAAAAUCGGAGAUUUCAUUUUUAAAGCCAUAUCGCCCAGCCCUGAAGGUGCAUACUUUGGUUUCUGUAUCAGUUCUCAGGUCAUGAUGUGGCACAAAGAGGUGAGGAAAAAGCACAGGCAGGCAGAGAAAUGUUAGUUCCUCCGCCGUGAGGGAAGCACCAACCUCUGCAGAGACAAGCCUUGAAACACGCAGGAUUAUUUAUGGCAGCUACAACACCGCUGAGUGAGUACGUGAGGCUGAUCAAAAUUUAAUCCUGCAAACAACCCACAAGAUCCACAGCACAGGUAGUUUUCUUGGUUAUUGUCAUUUUUCAGUAGCUUUUAGUCACGUUGCAAGAGAAGAGUGGAGUGUAAAAGCAACAAUUUGGGCUGAAUGUAAAAACUGGACAGUGUGAAUAUUUAUUUCAAGGCUUUUUACGCAUUUUCAUGCUGUUAGUAGGAUUUUCAACAUUCCUGUGGUUCUUUUUUUAAAGUUAAAAUUGAAAGAAAAUUUGUUUACAAGCGGGCUGUUAUAUCGUUCAUUUCUCUUUUAAGAAUGAAAAUGCACUGAAAAACAAAUAUCUUGUGAUUUUUAUCAUUUUUACAGGGCAUAAAUGUGAUGGACUUUACAUGUCCAAAUAAAAGCCCAUCUUAAGCAGCAAAAGCUACAUGACAGAUAUUAUUUAACAUGUAAAUUAUUGUAUAAUGAAGAGGAAGUUUUAAGGACACUGGUGUUUGUUAUUGUUACUGUACUGAUACUUUCUUAAAGGAACUAUCUUAAAAAAAAUGUAGAAAAAAACUAACAGUUCCCAAUCCUGAAAUCCAAACAUCAAAGCUAUGGUAGUAGUGAUGGUAAAGACACAAGAUUUAGUCUUACUUUGAAUACUUUGCAGCAGAUUUCUUGACAUUUUUUAAUAUUAAAAAACAAAUUUCCAGAAUCCUCAGUAAUUAUAAUCCCAUUUUAAAAAUAUGAAUACUAAACAGUCAGGAAAAAAAUGGAGCCUGUGACAACCAGAGAUGGACGGAGGGAUGGAUGGAUGGAUGAUAUAUUGGUAGUCGGAUGGAUGGAUUGAUUAAUGGAUGGAUGGAUGAUGAGACAGAUGGACAAAUGGAUGUUCUUGAUAGUUGAAUGGAUGGAUGGAGGAGAUAUUGAUGUUUGGAUGGAUAAAUAGAUGUAUGGAUGGAUGAUUAGACAGAUUAAUUGAUAAAUUAAUGGGUGGAUUAAUGGACAGAUGAAUGGCUUGUUAGAUGGAUGAACAGAUGAGUGGUUGGAUGAAUAAUAGACGGGUGGAUGGAUUGAUGGUUGGAUGGAUGAUUACCCGAAUGGAUGAAUGGUUGGAUGAAUAAUAGACGGGUGGAUGGAUUGAUGGUUGGAUGGAUGAUUACCCGAAUGGAUGGAUGGUUGGAUGGAUGGAUGGAUGGUUGAAUGGAUGGAUGGUUGGAUAGAUGGAUGAAUAAUUAGAUAGAUGGAUGGGUGGAUUAUUAGACAGAUGAAUGAUUGGAUGAAGGAACAGAUGGAUGUUGGAUGGACGGAUGAACAGGUGGAUGGUUGGAUGGAUGAACAGGUGGAUGGUUGGAUGGUUCAUAAUGUGUUUCAGAUCCUCUAGAUCUCUUUGUGUGUUUUAGUUUCCUCAGAUUGAACUGAACUGAACUGGAUCUUUUCCAGUUCACCAUCUGAUCUCAGUAUGAGCUUUUUAAACCCAAAGCUAAAGAAAACAUUUGUUUCUUAAAUUACACCCUACAGGUUCUGACCCAAACUCUUACCUGGGUUGUUUUCCUUUAGUGCAGAUAAAAAAUGGACAUUCCUGAAUUUUGUGUUUUCGGGGUGUGUAUUUGUUUGUGAGCUUCACAGACGAGUGAAGAUGGUGGGACUGAACAGGGGGAUUAUGGGUAAUUAAUCUGAAACUGUGUCACUGAGAUGCUUCGGUUCUCUUUUAUGAUCUCAGUUUGUUUUCCCAAAUGACUCUGAACAAAAUCCACCUCCCACAGAGACUGUUUUUAAAAUUAUUUUUAUUUUUAUUUGCAUUCCCUGCUGCGGUUUCCUGGAAGCCGCUCAGGCUGUAGUUAUGGUGCUAAAGGUUUGAGUCCAUCAUGUGAGAACCAUAAAGUGAACCAUAAAAAGUGCUUGUUGUGGCAGGACUUGGGCAAGGCUGUACCUCAGAGACAGAGCUGGAAUCAAAAAGCCUUAAGCUGGUCGUGCCAGACUGUUGCUGUUCUGAUAAAUAAAAUAAAAACAAAAAUUGAUCAACAAGAAGGUGAUGAUAAUUUCAUUGUGGUAUUGUUACUAAAAUAAAGAGCAAUGUGUUUACCUGA